AUUCGGGAGAUUCGGGAGACGACACUACAAUUGGCGACGAGGUAGUCGGACCAGACGUGAGGUAUGGAGGGAAUUCGUCCGCCCGCGGCAUUCUUACCUCUUCCAGGCCCGCCGGUGGUGCCGUGGAAUAACUGGUUUCCGGACUUCGAAGUUUAUGCCAUGGCCAUAGGUUGGUCAGCAUGGAGUCAGGAGAGGCAGCAGGCCUUGCUCCUGCACUGCCUUGGGCAGGAAGGGCGGAGACUGUUUAGAGCUGAGUGCCCAGGAGGUAUUGUGAAAACAGAGCCCUCUGACACCACUUUGGUUGAGGAUACAGUAGCUGUCUUAUGUCGUCUGUUUGUCAGUAAGACUGAUAUCAUCUCAGAGAGGAUAAAAUUCAGGAAGUGCAGACAGCAGGCUUCUUCUGUUCGUACCUACCUAGCCAAUCUGAGGGAAGGUAGUCAGAAGUGUGCAUUUGGUAACUUAGAAGAUGAAAUGAUAAGAGAUCAGUUUUUGGAAGGAUGUUCCUCUCAAAGGCUUAAGGAAAGACUGUGUCAGGAAGAAAACCUAACCCUGCAGCGUCUUGAAGUCAUCGCUCUCGCUGCUGAUCAGGCUGCUGACCGUCAACAAACUCUAGCUGGCAGGUCUCCGGAGCUGGGGGCAGAGGUCCUCAAGGAGGUGGCAGCGACUGAGAGGAGAGGCGGCUUCUCCACCCGGCGAGACUCAGAAGGCAAGAAACGACAGCAAGGUGAGAUGACCUGUUUUGCAUGUGGCCGUAAAGGACAUAAAGCCAAGAGUAAGGAGUGUCCAGCCAGGGUCAGGAAGUGUAACAAGUGUCAUGAGAAAGGGCAUUAUGCAGUCAUGUGCAAGCGUCAGGAGUCUUCGCAUGCCUGUGUGGUAGAAGUGUCGACUGUGCACCAUGUGCCCUCUCAAGUGCCUCGUCCCAUGAUGUCUGUUGGCAUUGAUGGAAUUCAGGUCCAGAUGUUGGUGGAUACAGGAUCGGGAGUGAGUCUGAUACCCAGCAGCUUGUAUCAGGAGCAGUUUGCGCACGUCCCUCUACAGAUGUCUUCCAUCAGGCUUCAGGGAUAUGGAGGACACCUUCUGCCUGUUCGUGGUAUGAUGACGGCCACAGUGUCCUCUGACAGGGGAUGUUCGACUGAGGGUACCUUGUUCGUGGUGGAGUCCCACAGUGUACCCCUGCUUGGCCGUGACCUACAGCAGCUGCUUAGAGUUACAGUCAAAGAUGGCAAUGUCGUCUGUGCGGUAGAGGGGGAGGAUGCAGAGGUUCUGCCCGCCAUACACGGCUUUGUCCACAGAGUCAAGGUGAAGGAGGGGGCCACUCCGGUCCGUCAGAAGCUGCGACCCCUGCCGCUGUCGGUCAGGGGUGAAGUGAAGGAGCACCUGGAGAAGCUGGAGAAGCAGGACGUCAUAGAGAGGGUGGACUCCUCUCCAUGGGUGUCACCUGUGGUGGUCACCCGGCGACGGACUGGUGGUAUCCGUCUCUGCUUGGACUUGAAGGAGGUGAACAAGAGCAUCAUCUCAAUGGGCGCGGAAGCGGCUCCAGACGACGAGGAGCAGCUGGUGGCGGAGAUAGCUGAACGGGUGGAGCGUCUCUCGGCAGUGAGCAGAGGCGAGCUCCGCGAGUCAGUUCAGACCGAUCCUGUUCUCAGGAAGCUGAAGAGUCAGCUGGACGAAGGGUGGCCGGCAAGGAUUGCCAGCUGUCCUGACGACCUGAGACCGUUCUUCCGCUGCAGGCUGGAGCUGUCAACGGCUGACAGUCUCAUCUUCAAGGGCGACCGGAUCGUGGUUCCGGAGGAGCUGAGAAGGCGUCUUCUGGAUCUUGCUCAUGAGGGGCAUCAAGGCACGGUCACCGGCGGAGCUGCUGCGAGGGAUACAACUGCGCACCAAGCUGCACGCGGCGGCUGAGCGUCGUCCGGUGGACGACUCGACGACGAGGGCGCGGGUGGCGACGCAGCAGGAAAAGCAGAAGAAGUACUUCGACCUGAGGUAUUGUGCCCGGCCGAGGGACUAUGAAGUGGGAGAAUGGGUGAGGUUUAGGCUGGUGCCCCGCCCCAGGAAAGGUCGGCAGGCCUUCUCGUCUCCGAGAAUGGUGAUGGAAAGGAGGGGACGUGUCUCAUACAAACUCAGCUGUGGGACAUUGGUGCACGCUGAACGACUAACCCGCUCCACAGAUCCUUCGAGCGGAUCGCCGCCAGCGAGACGGAGUGAAGUCGGCGG